GGCCCCCGCCUUUGAGAGUAGACGGCAGACCCGUGCGUGCUUGUGGUUUGUGGGAGAGACGGGCGCUGGAUGUUUGAAUUCCAAAGUAUGUGAGAAUGCUCAAUCUUCACACCCGGACGGAUCCGACAGUGCAGGAAAGGGGACUCGCGUAAUUCUGGGACCGCAUUUUGCAUCGCGUCUCCUCGAGCUCCGUGCUGAGUCUCGGGUUGGGAGGGAGGUGGGGCCCCGGGCCAGCGUCGCUGGUACAGAGGGUCGGCGGGCAGCCCCGCGCGCCCGUGGCCAUGUUGCCUUUAACGCCCUGCCCCUUUGCGCGGCCUUCUGAGGGUUUCCAGGGCUGGCCCGGGUUGCUUCCCACCCGUACGCUCUCUCUUACCCCCAGACAACCCCAGCAGGCAAGGCUCCCCGGAGCGGAGACCUUUUGACUCCCCGCUCCCUCUUUCCCACCUCCGCCCAGGCCCGGAGCGGCCCUCAAGAGCCGGACCUCGCCCGGCCCCGGCUGGGACCAUGGUGUUUCUCUCUGGCAAUGCCUCGGACAGCUCCAACUGCACCCACCCGCCGCCACCGGUGAACAUUUCCAAGGCCAUUCUGCUCGGGGUGAUCUUGGGGGGCCUCAUCCUUUUCGGGGUACUGGGGAACAUCCUUGUGAUCCUUUCCGUGGCCUGCCACCGGCAUCUGCACUCGGUCACUCACUACUACAUCGUCAACCUGGCGGUGGCCGACCUUCUGCUCACCUCCACGGUGCUGCCCUUCUCCGCAAUCUUCGAGAUCUUGGGCUACUGGGCCUUCGGCAGGGUCUUCUGCAAUAUCUGGGCGGCGGUGGACGUCCUGUGCUGCACUGCGUCCAUCAUGGGACUCUGCCUCAUCUCCAUCGACCGCUACAUCGGCGUGAGCUACCCGCUGCGCUACCCCACCAUCGUCACGCAGAAGAGGGGUCUCAUGGCUCUGCUCUGCGUCUGGGCGCUCUCCCUGGUCAUCUCCAUCGGGCCUCUGUUCGGCUGGAGGCAGCCGGCCCCCGAGGACGAGACCAUCUGCCAGAUCAAUGAGGAGCCGGGCUACGUGCUCUUCUCCGCGCUCGGCUCUUUCUACGUGCCUCUGACCAUCAUCCUGGUCAUGUACUGCCGGGUCUACGUGGUGGCCAAGAGGGAGAGCCGGGGCCUCAAGUCCGGCCUCAAGACCGACAAGUCGGUCUCGGAGCAGGUGACGCUCCGCAUCCAUCGCAAAAAUGCCCCGGUGGGAGGCAGCGGGGUGUCCAGCGCCAAGAACAAGACACACUUCUCCGUGAGACUCCUCAAGUUUUCCCGGGAGAAGAAAGCGGCCAAAACACUGGGUAUCGUGGUCGGCUGCUUCGUCCUCUGCUGGCUGCCUUUUUUCUUAGUGAUGCCCAUUGGGUCUUUCUUUCCUGAUUUCAGGCCCUCAGAAACAGUUUUUAAAAUAGCAUUUUGGCUCGGAUACCUAAACAGCUGCAUCAACCCCAUCAUAUACCCAUGCUCCAGUCAAGAGUUUAAAAAGGCCUUUCAGAAUGUCUUGAGAAUCCAGUGUCUGCGCCGAAAGCAGUCUUCCAAACAUGCCCUGGGCUAUACUCUGCACCCACCCAGCCAUGCCCUGGAGGGGCAGUACAGGAACCUGGUGCGCAUUCCAGUGGGAUCCGGAGAGACCUUCUGUAAGAUCUCCAAGACGGAUGGGGUCUGCGAAUGGAAAUUUUUCUCUUCCCUGCCCCGUGGAUCUGCCAGGAUUACAGUGCCCAAAGACCAAUCAGCCUGCACCACUGCCCGGGUGAGAAGUAAAAGCUUUUUGCAGGUCUGCUGCUGCAUGGGGCCCUCGGCACCCAGCCAUGGAGAGAAUCAUCAAAUUCCAACCAUUAAGAUCCAUACCAUCUCCCUCAGUGAAAAUGGGGAGGAAGUCUAGAGGACAGGAAAGAUCAGAAGGACAGGGGCAUGAUCUUAGGCACCCACUCCGCUUCCUACUGGGAAGGCCAGUUCACAUUUUGUGGAUGAUGAGACAGGACCAUUAAACCAGGGACCGUCUGGGAAUGGGCUGGGGAGGAGACCUGACUCUUGGGCAGUGGGUAGGGCUUAGGGAAGAGGGAGGAUGUCACACAACCAUCCCGUUCACAAUGAUGAUAAACAGCAUUUCCUUGAGGCUGAUGCUCUCUGGGUCAUCCUCUGAGCCCGCUUUCCAUGUCUGGCCCUUUCAACGAAAAACACCAUGGGAAACAGAACUUCAUACACAAUCCAAAAGACUAUAAAUAUAGGAUUAUGAUUUCAUCAUGAAUAUUUUGAGCAUGCACUCUAAGUUUGGAGCUAUUUCUUGAUGGAGUGAGGGGAUUUUAUUUCCAGGCUAAACUUACUGAGAACCACUUUGGAUUUUUACGGGGAGAGGGCCUGGAGAGGAAGAGCCUUAAGAUGGCGGCCGGUAUCCAGACACGUUAUUUUUAGAGCAAGUUUUACACUCCACCAUUUCUGACACAUCCAGUUUCUCGGCUUGGGUGAAACUUGACAGUGAGAGUUACCUUUGGCUAUAAUGUGACUGCUUCUGAUUGCCUAAGGAUGAGAGUGGGGGCACUCAUUAUGUCUCUGAUAUAAUGGAGGCACGUCAUCUACACUUGGGUCUAGAAAGAGUUGAAAGAACCAGUCGGGGAAAGAUGGCUUUUCCUAAUGGAAGACAGUAAAGAUGAGGGUCAAUUUUUCAACUUAACUUCUACGGACAGAAUUCCAUUAAGUGGCUCAAAGAUCAGGUGGAAGAAGGCUUCUUGUGUAACAUACUUAAAAGAUCAAGAGGUUGGGUUGGGGUAUGCUAAUUUCAUGCUAAGAUAGACGCUGCAAAAUUACUUCACAGCCUUUUCAACAUGGCCUAGAAAGUCUUUUUUUUUGGCAAAUCACUUACCUUUUCCAGAAUUCCAUUAUGAAAAAACAGAGCUUAUAAUAUUUUGAAAGGCACCUCAUGACUCCCAUUUUUUCUCAGCUGCUUCACUGCUGCAUAAUGAGUGAAGUCCACAGUCCCUGGGGCACAUGGGACAUGUUGGAAUGAGUCUGAUGAUCCAGAACUUUGAAAGAUACACACGCUUAGCUUGGGAGGAUGCUUUCUGGUCACC